GGUCGCCAUGGAGACUCCAAUGAACAGCAGGAGAGGGCGGCUCCCUAGCAACCACCCAUUGGUCUUCACCAGCAGUUGUGCAGAGCUGCACUCCUGGGCUUCAGCACGCACCAGAGCGGUUCACGUGGUUUCCGAUGUUAUGAAAAAGAGUGGAGAGGUCAGGCAGACACCGGCAGGGUGGCCCGGGGGCCCGCUGUGACGCGGGUUUCAGCUUCCUUCUCCCCAUUCAGAGUUGCUUGUGAGUGGAGAGUGCCCAGCCUGCAACCGGACCCUGACCUCGCUUCUUCACCGGCAUCUCUGGGGACCUUCUCUCCAGGGUUAAGCUUGGAAAGAGAGUCCAUGGAGCUGGGACGCCAACCAGGUAUGACCACUUUGACCAGGGCCCAUCUGAGCAACCAGCAGGACACGGACCCCAGGAGAACUGCUCACAGCCCCUUGGAUACCUCCAAGUCCCAGGGCCAGGCCCCGGGCUCCCCGCAGCACCAGCCGGGCAGCCCCCGGGGACAGGCCUGCCAGGAGGGGGGCUGGCCUCUGACUCCCUCGGCUGUCAGCAGGAGCCCCUCUGGCAUGGACUCCCGGCCUGGGUCCCUGAAGAACAGGGACUGCAGGCCCUCGCCAAGGGAGAUCAGGGCCGCUUCCCACGAGGGGGCUCCGCUGCCGUGCCAGGGGCUGAAGCAAGACCCCCGCUCAGGGGCCCAGGGCGAGAGGAACAGCAUCAUUCCCAACAACAUUCGCCACAAGUUUGGGAGCGACGUGGUGGACCAGCUGGUCUCCGAGGAGCAGGCUCGAAGGGCCAUCGGCGAAGGCUUUGAGGUCCAGAAGAGGGCCAGCGCGUGGCCCAGUGAGUCCGAGGGCUCUGCGAAAAUCGCCUCCAUCUUCUCAGACUACUACGAUCUGGGCUAUAACAUGCGGUCAAACUUGUUUCAAGGGGCCUCAGAAGAGGUGAAGAGCCUCAUGAAGGACUCCUACACCCCGGAGGUGCUGGAGAAGGCGGUGCGGGAUGCGGAGCACUGGCACGGCAGGAAGACAGACGACCUGGGACGGUGGCACCAGAAAAACGUGAUGAACAUGAACUUGCAGAAAGCACUGGAUGAGAAAUACGGAGAGAAGAGCAAGAGCAAGAGCUCGAAGUACUAAAUCGGACCCAGCAGCGGUGCCCUGGACUCAGAGAGAGCGCUAACAGUGCAGUUAACAAUAAAGAAAGGCGCAGGUCUA